AUGAACUUGACCGAAGGUCAAAUGAACAAACUCACUGACGCUAUGACUCAGAAAGUGGAUAGCAGUCCGAUCAAGGCAGAGAGGGCCGAAUUUAUUGCGUCAAACAGUCAAAAUAGUAAUGACUGUUACUCUGACAGUUAUGUAUUGCCACAAAAAGUAUACGAUAGCAACCAGUUGCGACAUCAUCAAUACUCCGACUCAUCGCCUUGCUCUGAGCUCAUUGUUGAAGCGCCAAGCGCUAUAACAGAUAGCUUGGCAGAGCGGCGAAAGCAUGAAGCUCCCCCUGGAAUAAAGAUAACCACACCGAAAUCCCGAUUUGUUCAAGCUCAAAGAGGUCAAGUGCUCGGUUCUGGACCUGAUGACUGUCCAGGAAUCUCGUCCCCUUAUCACCAAUGCUCGCUCAACUCGGGCAUCAGCGGCAGUGGACAAUUUCCUUCUGGAAAAGUGAACUACAAAAUUGACAGGUCGAGCCCCGGUGAACGCGCCAAUAAUGAACUGGUUGACGUGUGCACAAAGUGGACGGACACUCCAAGUCCGCACCCUCAGCGGGACUAUCCAAAGCGGCAACAGAGCCUGAUUCAAAAACCAAAGCGGUCGAAAAGUACUACGGAGACGUUGAAGAGAUCAAGUAUGUUGUCGCAUACUUCUGCCGAAGGAUUGCCAAUGAACACCAGCCCGGAAAUCCCGCAAAAUCUUCGGUCAAGGGUCUCGCCGAGCUCGCAAUUUUCGCCUCUUCCGCUAUAUUUUCGAGGGCAGAGUUUCCCAUCUACGAAAGCGGGUGGGAAAACAAUGGUUGGCCACAAUGGCUGGUUAGAGUGCACAGGGACGAUUCUAGAGGACGGGAAGAAAUCGCAGUCUAAACGAAUGGGAUUUCUCCACAGCAUAAAAAGGAUUGCAAAGGAUGUUACUGCCGAGAUAAACGCGUCUUACCGACGACCCAACCAGUCUGAAACUGGAUUGACGAGCUCUCAAGUGGCGAUCUCUCUGGACGCCAGAGAACAGAGUCUACUAUACUGCGAGCUGGAAUUCUAUCUGACAUCAAGCCUAAAUGAGUACAUUGUAGCCGAGUUUGACAGCGGUCAUCUUGUGCCUGGCCAUCUCAAGAAGAUCUCUGACUUCUGGCUUUCACAGGGUCGUCCAAGGGUAAUCAGUUUUCGAUAUGACCUUGAAACACAGCUGGAAUUGAUAGCUUUACAUUUAAACGAGUUCAGGUUCUACGGUCGGCGCCAAGGUGAUAGGACGGAUAUUUUGGCAUUGCUUCACGCCAUGAAGGUCCAUGCGCGAGCCAUGAGGAUCCGUACAUUUUGUCAGCCGGAUUCGGUCAUCGCCAAGCAGCUGGUCGAUUCACAAUCCUUGUUCAACAUGCUCAACGCUCCGAGCUCCCAGCAGCUGGCACUUGAUGAAAUAGCACAUUUCUUUAAAAUGAUCGUGUCGAGGGAGCGGGCUAACCAUGCAACAGCAAUAUCGAGAGGUCAGAGUGUUUACCCGAAUGGCCGAUACAGUGGGGUUGCCUAG